UGGAAUUGUACGAAAAUUCUCACUACGGUUUUCUUCUUGCGUCCUCCUCCCGUCGACUUUUGUGGCCCAACUUGCAGCUGUUCUGCUCUUAGAGAACCCCGAUCAUCCCAUAAUCGACAACAAGCCAAGCUCCAGCAUGAAUCCGGCCGCGGAAAAUGUGUACAAUACCUUUAUGGCAUCGCUUCGCUCGGUCGGCACCGCUGUAACGUUGGCCUCCGUGGGGGUGUACUUGCAUCGCCGCGGCUUUGUCGUCGGCGACGGCAAACGUGUCCUAGCGGUCAUUUCGCAGCAAGUCACCUUUCCUUUGUUCCUCUUUACCAAAAUCAUUUACUGCAAUCAGGAUUGGAGCGACGAUCCCUGUCCGGACGUGGCAAAGACCCUCCACGAAGUAUGGAUGCUUCUACUCUGGCCCGCCUACGUGGUGGGAAUAGGGCUCCUAGUGGGAGCGCUCAUGGCACGAAUGGCCGGGACUCCGCCCGCACACGUACGCUCUGUCCUGGCAGCCUGCGCCUUUGGUAACUCAACCGGCUUGGCCAUUACGCUCCUGACGGUGGUUCAUUCUAAUUUUCCCGAAACGUCCGAUCUCGGACGUAUUGAUCCGACUCUAUUUCUAUCGGUGUACCUGUUGCUGUACCCCAUACUCCAGUGGGGGCUUGGGGGAUGGCUCCUCGCACCUCCACCCGAGUGCGAAGUGCGGAAUUUUUUGACGGAAACGGCAGGAGAGGAAGGAGACACCUCAACCGAAACAAGUAGCGGAGCCGCGAUGCCACUCAACGAUAUUGACGGCGCCAGUGACGGGGACGGGGCACGCCCAGUCUUUCGUAGGAGCUUGUCAAGCAACGUGCGCGUCAACGUGCUAAAUCUCAAAGAGGUUAAAGAUCGAUUAGGUCUGACCUCCAUGGACGAAGGAUUGUACAUAUCGGAACACGACUUGUCGGGAUUCAAUUUUCCAGAUACCGAAGGCGAGCACGCUUCUGAAAAUGCUCCACUAUUACCGAAUGAUAGUGCGGCAGGCUCUUAUACGCACAGUAAUAAUGCCAACGCAUCCCGCAUGGUUGUCCCUGUGGGGAACACGGCGUCCACAGCUUUGAACGAUAUUUUGCUUGCCUCUCAACAGAACAGCUCUCAGGAAAAUACCCUAGAAUGUUACGGAGCUGCGGAGUUUGACAGAUUUUCUACCGAUGAUUCUAUAGACGAACGGGUCCAGCGUAUGACCAACUCUUUCCCAACAACCUCUCCGGCGUCGGACCCUACAACAACAGCAAAUCGCGUCAAGACUCUGUCCAACUCCAAAGGCGAAACUGUGUGGUCGACGGUUAAAAAUAUUCUGUCCCGCUGUUUUCAACCCCCCGUCAUUGGAGCGGUUGCCGGAAUCAUCUGUGCCGUAACACCUUUGCGAGGUAUUUUUGUAGAUUUGGUCGAUCGGAGCGCCGACGCUCCAAUGGAAUGGCUUUUUGACGGUCUGCACAAUGUCGGCAUGGCAGCCGUCCCCAUCAAUAUGAUGAUUUUGGGCUGCAAUCUCAGUGCAUCGCAAAUGAAAGAUCACACCCUCAAACACGAUCCUAACAUGUUAUCCAUGCGCACCAUGAUUUGGAUUGUCAUUGGCAAGAUGAUUAUAAUGCCAAUCAUAGGAAUUUUGUCGGCCAUCAUUCUCAAACUGUAUGUUUGGGAUAUACCCAAGGAAAUUCACGGCUCCUUUUAUUUGGUCUUGAUGAUUGUGUUUUUAACACCCACCUCCAACAAUGUUAUGGUAAUGGUUGAACUCAGCCGCAGUGAUACAAAGGAAGGAAUUGCUUCCGUCAUUGCCCUUCAAUACGCCGUUGCGCCGCUUAUUCUUAGCCUCACCAUGACUAUUGCGAUUGGUAUUGCCAGUGAUUGGUCCUAG